GGGGGGGGGGGGGCGGCGGGAGGGACACGGGGUCUUCUGGUGUACAGCUCCAUGAACUGACCAGAUGAAUAAUACAGGAGCCAGAGGAUAAACAUUCCUUUUGUGGUCACUUCCAGGGCCUGGGGAAGAUGACCACUCUCACACGGCAGGACCUUAACUUUGGGCAAGUUGUUGCAGAUGUUCUUUCAGAAUUCCUGGAAGUGGCUGUUCACCUCAUCUUGUAUGUCAGAGAAGUUUACCCUAUUGGGAUCUUUCAGAAGAGAAAAAAAUACAAUGUACCUGUCCAGAUGUCCUGCCACCCAGAGCUGAACCAGUACAUCCAGGACACACUGCACUGUGUAAAGCCACUCCUGGAGAAGAACGAUGUGGAGAAAGUUGUGGUUGUAAUCCUGGAUAAAGAGCACCACCCCGUGGAGAGAUUUGUCUUUGAGAUCACCCAGCCACCUCUUCUUUCCAUUAGUUCUGAGUCUCUGCUAUCCCACGUGGAGCAGUUACUGCGUGCCUUCAUCCUGAAAAUCAGCGUGUGUGAUGCUGUGCUGGACAACAACCCCCCAGGUUGCACCUUCACAGUUCUGGUUCACACACGGGAGGCUGCCACACGCAACAUGGAAAAGAUCCAGGUGAUAAAGGAUUUCCCUUGGAUCCUCGCUGAUGAGCAAGACGUGCAUAUGCAUGACCCCCGACUUAUUCCCCUGAAAACCAUGACAUCUGACAUCUUAAAGAUGCAGCUCUAUGUAGAAGAGCGAGCUCACAAAGGCACCUGAUUUCAAAUCUUCCUUGCCUUCAAGCUUCGUCUGAUCUUCCAGUGGAGUUAAGAUCUGUCACAAACUGUAACUUGAUAACCAUCUCUUCAGCUGGCCUUCUGGGUGAAUGUAGAGCAGCUGCUGCCUCUUUAUUUCAAGUGCUCUUAUGUGUAAAGAACUGACUUGGAAUGGGGAGCCAGAGCCUGUUCCCAUGUUGACUUGUGUGAGAGAGCACAGGUGUUGAUACAGUUCGUCCUUGGGGAGUCAGUGCUUUAUUACCAGUCCAGUUCUCACCUGGAAAGGGCAGCUCCAUUGCACACAGGCAGUGACAGACAGCAAGGAACACAAUCCACGAGAGCAACAUUUGUGCUAAGGGGGAGUGAGGCCUUACGGAGUGUCUGUCCACUGUGACCAUCCCAAGUAGUCUUCAAUAAAUACUAAGUUUUACCCCAGUUGAACUGGGCUGAGUUCUGUCAAAACCAGGCUCCCUUCUUCAGUGAGGAAAUAUUUUUAUUUUCUGUGGAGCUUCCACUGUUUUUCUGGCCCAUAUGUGGACUCUGUCAAUUCCCAUGAAAGGCUGUGCAACCUUGGUCUCUCCCCUUUCACUCAGAGGUGGAAUUAGCAAUGUGGAAUUUGUCUGUCCAGCAAGGACACCUGCCAAGUAUCAUACUCCUAACAGAGAAUAGGCAAGGAAAGCACUGUUAAUCCUACACCUGUCAGAGGAGAUGGAGUACGGCCUUAGCAUUAGUUCUGGGUAUAUAAGGGUGGCAGACACAGGUCAUAGUGAGCUGAGCUUGUUUGUCAGAGAAUUUGGUACACU